AUGGGUAUCGAUUCGAAGAAGGCACCUCCACUCCCAGCCCCCACAGAAGAGUCCGAGUCGACUGUGACCCAGACAGAGCUCGCGCCCUCUGACGUCUCCAAGCCAGGCGACGACAAGUCUUCUUACUCCCUUCCAGAGGACGGCACUCCCGUCACCAUCAAGACCCGCGGCCACAUGCCUAAUCGCUCUCAGACUUCCUUGCUCAUUGAGUACUUCGAGGCUGGCAAGCCCUCCUCGCCGAGCAAGACCACCGACCGCAAACCGAGCGUGCGGGUUCGCCUCACCCCAUCAAAGAAUCGGAAGACCGAUCGCAUCCAAAUCACAGAAACAAAGUCGUCUAGCGGCCGCAAGGCCUCACUGACUCGUCGCCAGGAGCGAGCUGCUCCUCUGACUCCGACCGCCCUCAAGUCCAACGAGGCGCUGUCCGCUGUCAGCGGGGACCAGGAAGACGCAAAGAGCAUGCAUUCGUACACGUCUGCCACCGAGGAGUCUAAUGUGUCUCGCAACCCCAUAGAGGUCGAGAUCGACCGCAGUGGUCAUCGUCGACGCCGGCCAGCAAGUCCAUUAAUACCAAGCGUCGACAGCAAGGCCUCCUACCAGCCGGGAAACAUGUCCGAUAUUUCGGCUAUCCCCACUGACAGCUUUCUGGACGGCUCAGGCCCCUCAACGAGGCUUACCGAGAAGCGCAGCAAGAGCCCUUCGCGGGCAAGAGAGGUCAUAGGUGGUGCAGCUGCGGGACUUGCUGCUGCCGCCGUCGCCGACAAGAUGCGCAGCAAGAGCCGCUCCGAGCUCAGUGAGAAGGAGAGGUCGACCCUGUCUAAGUCCAAGGACCGGGAUGGGUCCGAGCGGAGACACAAGUCCAAGAGCCGCAAGAGCAGUGGUGAACACAAAUCCGAGUCUGGCAAGUCGUCGCGGAAGAGAUCUAGCAAGCCGAACGAGGAGUCAAUUUUAUCUGGCGCGGACUCUAGUGUGGUGUCCUCAGCCAUUUCGCACAGCUCUAUGCGUUCUGGUGCUUCAAGGUCCUCGAUCAAUAACCCCAAGCUUCUAGAGACUGUUGAAGAUGCUAUCCGGCGGCUGAUUUUGCCUGAGCUCACGGCUAUCAAGAGGGAACAGAGCAAACGGGAAGCUCGUCGAAGCUCUGCAUCCAGCGGGACAACGAUUUCGCGAGACGAUCUUGGUAGUGAACGCCGUCAGUCAGGAUACUCGAGCAAGUCCAGAGAGAACCUCGCCAGAGGCAAGGACCGGAGAGGUAGAGAAGCUCGUCAUGACUUGGUCGAGAGCCCCGCUCCAAGUGUGGACCACGACUCUGUCGACGAGUCACUUCACGAGAUCUCGGAGGUGUCGCGCAGCAACGACAAGCUGAAAGGUACUGCUGGAGGAGCCGUUGCUGCUGCUAUGGCUGCAGCCGCAUUGAACGAGAAGUCGCCGGCUAUUGCCAGGGAGCAGCGCCGUCGCCGCAGAGCGGAAGCCAAGAGCCGCGCGGCCGAGAUAUACGAUGAAGAGCAGGAGAGGCUCAGUGAGCCCGCUGCGCCGAUGCCAUUGAUGAGCGAACUCAACCCAUCAGAGCUGACAAGGACAUCAAUUUUAUCUGCCGAUACAGAGCGGCCGCACUCGGCCAGCGAGGAGCUCACACCAGUGCAGCAAGUUGCCAGAGGAACCCCAUCUAUUGAUUCCAGGUCUACCGUGACUGAUAGUCCUACACCAACCAGGACUCCUAUUUCCCUCCAAGCUCUUGGAGCCCAGCAUGCCAAUAUAUCUCACGGGGAUCUGAAGACUCUGUCUCAAAAGAGAACAGGGGUGUUGGAGGAAGAGGAUGAUUACGAAGAGCGACAGUACGGUCGACGGGCUCCAAUCAGCCAGGUAGAGGCCUAUGACGAAGACGAGGACGAGUACGAUGAUGGCGCUUACAACGACUAUUACAACACCCAGGACGUGCCUCCACCUCUGAAGUACGUGCCAUAUCAGCCUGAACGCCGUGGUCUCAGUCCUAUCCCCAGUGUCUCGGGCUACACGGAGGGUGGAAGCGAAAUCCACAAUCGGGAUUCACGGCUCACUCAUAGGACAUCUGGAUCAUUUUCAUCCCCCGACAAGUCGCUUCAUCACGGAGCAGAAUCUCCCAGUGUCUUGAGUCGAGGAUCGUAUCAGGACGAUCGUAGUGUGCAGAGCUCAAGAUUGGGUUACAGAAACACUGCGUAUACCGAUGAUAGCGAACUUGACCGUAUCACGUCGGGUCAAGCUGUACGUGCGGUUGGUGCCAACCCAGACCUGGUGAAUUCGCCCACCGGAGUCCAGUCUCAUGUUGCAUCUUUGGUCGAGGGCUCAGCUCUGGACGAGUCUGUGCUCACGGGUGAAUCAGGCCGCAGUGGCCGCCAAUACGAUGCUCGUGACUCCGACGUGAUUAGCGAGGAAGAUGUCACAGAUCAAACAGCAUUUCGUCACAAGCACUCCCUCGAGAGUCGUCGCACAGCUGAGGAGGAGGCUGCAUCACAGGAUUCUGACCGACCACAUGAAUUCGAGUACGAACUUGAUGAGUAUGGUCGCAAGGUUCCGAAAACAAAAUACCGACACUCUCCAACGGCCUCAGAGGCUGCCAUCACUGGUGCUGCUGUAGGUGCUGCGGCGGCUGCCCUCAGGGCUGCUGCUAAGGGCAAGGGCAGACAGGAUGCUGGAUACGACGAGUUUGAGCGCAUCUUUGCCGGCGAAGGCGUCCAGCGAAACAAGUCGUUCAAGGACCGAACUAAUGAAGGGUACCUGCCAGCCAGCACUCCUACGCAUAGUGUCGACCGCCUGGUAGGUGAAUACGAGAAGCCCACCGUCGGCCACAGCGGUUUACCAGACCUCAACGACCCAUUGCCGGAGAUAGGCUACUUUGGCCCUGACGACGAUUCGAGGACCAAUCCGUCACGUAUGAGUGAUAGAUUCAGCGCCACUCACGAAGCCAGACACGACCAUUGGGAGGACGACCAAGAACCAAUGACGCCCACGCAAGAAAGUGUAAACGGACACCGGGGACUUCAUGAAUCUGUCAGUGGACAUUCUUUGACCCUCGACGAGGCCGCCGGUGCGGCUGCGGUCGCAACCGCGGCUGCCAUGGCACACUCGCACAGCCGACAGACGAGUCAAGACAUUGACGACGAGUGGCAUCGCACGUCUGAGGACCGCAAGCGAGAUACUAUCGUCACAAACCCCUAUGAGGGCACGAGUCCUCUCGCCAAUGCGCCUGGACUCGACAUUGAUCUUGGUCAAGCGCCUCGCUUUGACCCAGAUGGGUAUGUCACGGGCUAUGGUGCCCGAAGCCCGUUCGGACCAAAGAUCGAUGAAGGCUACAUCUCACAGGGUCCUAAUAGGACGCCCGACUUCCAAGGCAAGGGCAAAGGCAUCGACUACGACGAGCAUCCGCCUAUGCCUGGAACGAUGGAUCCAUUUUACAACCCACAGGACUCGAAACACAUGAGCGGUCUCUCCCAAGGUAUGGGAUCUCCCUUGUAUGAUGCUGCCACAGGUGCGGGCAUCGACCGCAUCGAGUCCAACGACAUCAUUGCACUCAUGCAACACCUCAUGGUUCGUGAUGCUCAACGCAGUGCACGUGACACUGAGAUUUUGGUCACUCUGGUUCGCACUGCUGCUGAGAUGCGGAACUCGUUUGACGACAUUAAGAAGAUGCUCGCGGACACGGAAGACGUCAUCAUUACAGAGGUCAAGGACAACACCGACAAGACUGUACAGCGCCAUCUUGGCGGUCCGCGGCCGUUCCCGGGCAGCGCAGCGCGGUCGGUCCAAGGCUCGCAAGCUGGCACGGAUAAUGAGAAAAAGACGCGAAAUCUUUGGCGAAGAGCACUUAAGGGACUCGGCGCCAAAGGUACGAACGACCUGACUAGAAUCGAGGACAUGCUGAUGCAGCUCCUCGGGGAGGUUGAUGUUUUGAAAUCGCAGACUGCUCCCGGAGGCAUCCCCCAAGACAGUGGACCUUCCCUUGACAACAUCCAGCCAGCAGUUCAGUAUGAGCAGGACCGUGGCUAUGAGCCUGAGGGCCAUGCAGGCACUUCGACUGCGAGCUACGGUAGUCAAUCCGGUCAUCUUUCUAUUCCCCGAAAUGCCUCCUACGGCUACGAGCGGAAAGUCUCAGGCCACCGGAUUAGUACCGUCCCGGAGGGAGACGAGGAUAAUUUCAACGAGGACUCGAAUGUUCUAAUUCACAAUCACAGCAACACAGACAUGCUCAGUCCAGAUCAAGAGCCUGAGCGUGGCAGCUCUGUUCCUCUGGGUACCCCGCCACAAUUGCCUCAAGGUGCUCAAGCAUCCUUAAGCAACGAGAACACUCCUCGCACUAAUUAUCAGAAGAAGCACAAGUCCAGCGGUUCCUCAAGCUGGUUCCCCAAAAUCUCACGUUGGUCUGAGACCACUGCGUCGAGCGUUGGCAAGGCUUUCAGGAAGUCCAAGGACACGGAAGCUGGUUCAUUGCGCGGAGGCCCUUCUCGGUCAGGUUCUGACUUUGCAAUAUACGAGAACUACCCAGUGACGGACCCCUAUGGUGAGGAUCACCUCCCUUCUGGUUUCUCGGAAGACAAUCUCAAUGGAUCUCAACGCCACGACCCCAACCAGAUCGAGCCCGAUAUGCAAUUCACCAUGGCCGGUGUGAGUCGUACUCCGGUCCCAACUUCUCAGAGCCCUGCGCCGCCUCAGGCCCUACAACAUUUCCCUAUGAACUACGCAACACCAGAGGAUCCCAAAUACAAGGCUCACCGCAACUCACUGAACUUGCAGCACCCCCAACCACGUCCGGGCCAGACUGAGCAGUUCCGCAACGCCCUCGAGAACUCCGCCCAGGAUUUCGACACUCCCAUGUCACCAAAGUCUGCAGACUUUGGCUCGGUCACUAGCCUGGGCCGUUACGCAGGGCACCAGCCAAGAUACAGCAACGGCUCCGCAACUGGUGAGCAGGGCCAGUAUACAUGGACGGGCGAUUCACCUGCCCAGUCAGGUCCACCACGACCUCCAAAGGAGCCCUUGGAAGAGCCUGGCCCGCGAACUACGACGCCCACCAGGAGUCGGAUCUCAGCCCUGGCAUACAAGCCUGCUGGCAGCCCCAAGCCAGAGAAUCGCAACCUGCAGAAUGUCCUUGGUGCGCCUGCCCGGAGGCCCAGUGGACCUCGUGCAAUGGGCACAAAGAGCCCCGCUCCGACUGCGGAUGAGGAGAGGAGGAGGAAGAGAGAUACAUUCGGUUCUGUCGUAUCGCAGGAGUCAGACACCUUUUAG